GCGCACUAUCCAGCUCGACGCCCUCCUCAGACGUCAAACAUACAGCUUUCAUUGCCAUGCCGUCAGAUUGGGAGAAGUACGGAUUCGCUCCUGUGACAAGAGAUCCCGAGGUUCUCUUCAAGGACCAUCCGACCGCUUCUGGCCCGAACCCAAAGCAGGAUCUCUUCACUGUUGAAGACUUCCCACUGCCCGACACCCCUCUCGUCAGGGAAGUGCAUGCGUUCGCGCAAAAAGAGCUUGAUGAGCAGACCUUUAACCACAGCAAUCGCGUCUUCGUCUACGGCUCUGCGCUCGUGAAGACGCACUUCCCCGAAUGGAAAUUUAACGAGAACCAGACGGCGGUAGAGACGUACGCGCUGUCGUGCUUGCUGCACGACAUCGGCACGGCGGAGAAGUUCCUCGCGACGACGCACAUGUCGUUCGAGUUCAAGGGCGCGAUCGUGGCGCGCGACCUCAUCCUCCAGCUUGGAGGCCCGGAGGCCGAGGCGGAUAGUGUGUGCGAUGCUAUCAUCAGGCAUCAGGACAUCUUCGUCAAAGGUGGGAACAUCACUUUGGUCGGCCAAAUCUUGCAGUUGUCGACUAUCCUGGACAACAUUGGAAUUCGCGCGAAUCUCAUCCAUGCACGCCUGAUUGAGACCACAACCGCGAAGUUCCCGCGGAAGGGCUGGUCGGAGCAUUUCGCCCGUGUGAUUGAGAAAGAGCUCGCGCUCAAACCCUGGUGCCAUACGACUUCUUUCGAGGUGCCGAACUGGAAGGAGGGUGUACGGAGUAACUUUGCGACGGAUGUACGGGGAAACGAUGUGAUGCGUCCAUUCGAUUGAGCAGGGCAGCCGCAGGAUGUUGUACAACACAAACUUUUACGAAAGCAUAUCACCUAGAACCCUCCACGCUUCUGCCUUGAGCUGGGGACAA